ACAGAACCGCUAGAGAUGUCAUCGGAACUGGCCUGUUCGAAGGCCGACCCUAUGUCACGUCCAGACAUGGCAAACACUGUGCCCAAGCAACACGUAGAUAUGGAUGUAGCUUCCGAUGUGCGUACUCUCUUCAUUAACGACUCGAUAGCCAAUGAGGGGGAAGUAUUCUGCACGAAUUACGUCACCACCGCCAAGUAUACGUGGUGGUCGUUCCUCCCCAUCUUCCUCUACGAACAGUUCAGCCGUUACGCGAAUAUGUUCUUCUUGUUCAUCGCUGUCAUCCAGCAAAUACCGGGUGUCUCUCCCACAGGUCGCUGGACUACUAUCAUUCCUCUGACGAUAGUGUUGACUGCUACUGGUAUCAAGGAGAUCCUGGAAGACAUGAAACGCCACAGAUCAGACCGUGAGGUGAAUGAUCGCCUGGUCCGUGUGCUGCGUCAGGGCACAUUCCAGACCAUCCGCUGGACUGAGGUGCAAGUGGGAGACAUUGUGCGUGUAGUGCAUGACCAGUACUUUCCCGCAGAUCUGGUGCUGCUUUCGUCCUCAGAGCCAAUGGGUAUCUGCUAUGUUGAGACCGCCAAUCUCGACGGUGAGACCAACCUGAAGAUCAAACAGGCCGUUGGUAUCACUGAAUUUGUCAAGACUCCUGGAGACGCACGCUUCUUGCGGGGUGUGGUCAUGUGUGAGAAGCCCAAUAACCGACUCUACAACUUUGAAGGACUCAUCACCUUGCACAGUGAAGGCGAGGAGAAGAAGAUGGCCAUUGGCCCUGAUCAGGUCCUUCUGCGAGGUGCCCAACUCAGAAACACUCCGUGGGUGUACGGAAUCGCUGUGUUUACAGGCAACGACACAAAGCUGAUGCAGAAUCAGACCAAGGCACCGCUCAAGCGAACGCAGCUGGAGCGUAUUACCAAUCGGCAGAUCCUGAUAUUGUUCUUCAUUCUGUUGGCCUUGUCUCUGCUCAGUGCCAUCGGUGCCGUUGUAUGGCGCGGAGCGAAUAAGGACACCCAUUGGUACCUGGGCUACGAGGGCUCGAGCAUGGACAACUUUGCGCUGGUGUUCCUGACGUUUGUGAUCUUGUAUAACAAUUUAAUUCCCAUCUCACUGUACAUCACGCUGGAGAUUGUCAAGUACAUCCAGGCGCUGGUCUUUAUCAACAAUGAUCUGGAUAUGUAUCACGAACCUUCGGACACGCCUGCCAUCACGCGCACAUCCAAUCUGAACGAAGAACUGGGCCAGGUGCAAUACAUAUUCAGUGACAAGACCGGCACACUCACGCGCAACAUCAUGGAGAUGCGUAAGCUCAGUGUGGGAUGUGUGCAGUAUGGAGCCACCACCGGAGAGCCCGCCCCCGCAGGCGUGUCUCGCAAGCACUGUGACGAGGACGGCAAUCUGAUUGGCGAAGGCUUCCACGACCCUAGUCUGCUCGAUAAUCUUACCACAGGCCACAACACCGCGGCGGUUAUUCGUCAGUUCCUUACUCUGUUGGCUGUGUGUCACACUGUGAUACCCGAGCCAAGCAAGACCGAUCCAGAUGAGAUCUUCUACCAAGCGCAAUCCCCGGACGAGGGUGCCUUAGUCGGAGCAGUCAAACAGCUGGGCUUCUCCUUCAACGUCCGUACACCCAAGAGUGUGAUCAUCAACGUAUUGGGACAAGACGAAACCUACGAGGUACUGGCUGUGCUGGAGUUCAACUCUGCCCGAAAGCGAAUGUCUGUGAUUGUCCGUACCCCCUCUGGCAGCAUCAUGUUGCUGUGCAAAGGAGCCGAUACCGUCAUCUACGAACGUCUUGCGGACGACAAUCCCUUUGCCGAGGGCACAUUACAAGAUCUGGAGGAGUUUGCGGUCAUUGGUCUACGAACGCUAUGUUUGGCUGUGGCCGAACUAACGGAGGAGCAGUACCAGGCCUGGGCCGCUAAGUACGAACAAGCCCAGCAGUCGCUUACGGACAGAGAUGGUAUGAUCGAUGCGUGUUGUGAGGAGAUCGAAACCGGUCUGUUCCUGCUAGGAGCCACGGCAAUUGAAGACAAGUUGCAAGACAAGGUACCCGAAACCAUCGCCAAUCUCCUGGAAGCUGGUAUCAAGGUGUGGAUGCUAACGGGUGACAAGCAAGAGACGGCGAUCAACAUUGGAUACUCGUGCCGACUUCUGACAGACGAUAUGAACGUGAUGGUCUGUAACGAACCGGACAAGGAGAGUGUCGCGGGGUGGCUGUCAAACACGGUAGAGGAACUAAGAAAGGUGCCUGAUAAGGAGAGCGCUGGACUGGCUUUGGUAAUCGAUGGAGCGUCGCUCACCCACGCACUGUCGGAGGAGCUCAGGGGCGAUCUAUUGGAGGUAUCGCUAGUUUGCAAGGCUGUCAUCUGCUGCCGGGUGUCUCCACUGCAAAAGGCUGAGGUGGUCAACCUGGUUAAGAAUCGGUGCAGCGCCAUCACUUUGGCUAUCGGCGAUGGGGCCAAUGACGUGUCUAUGAUUCAGGCUGCACACGUAGGCAUUGGUAUCAGUGGACAGGAAGGUCUGCAAGCCGCGAGAUCGGCUGAUUACGCCAUUGCGCAGUUCAUGUUCUUGCAGCGGCUGUUGUUAGUGCACGGCAACUGGUCGUACCGCCGAUGCAGUAAGCUGGUGCUGUACUCGUUCUACAAGAACAUCAUCCUGUACAUUGUGCAGAUAUGGUUCCAGUUCUUGAAUGGCUUCAGUGGCCAGACACUGUUUGACAAUUGGAUGGUCGCGCUGUAUAAUGUGAUGUUCACGAUUCUGCCGCCGCUGUGUCUGGGUGUGUUCGAUCGGCACGUCAAGGCCGAAACAUUGAUGAAAAUCCCCCAGCUCUACCGCUCUGGUAUCAACAGCGAGUUCUUCAACACACGGGUCUUCUGGCAAUGGACUCUCAACUCCGUCUACCAUUCCGCGGUAGUGUUCUGGAUCUGUUUUGCUGCGUAUACAAUGGCGGCUGUACUGAGCAACGGACAAGUGGUUGGCCAGUGGGUGAUUGGUACCACCAUCUACACAGCCAUCUUCCUUACUGCCACCCUCAAGAUCUGCUUAAUCAUGGACGCCUGGACAAAGUGGACACACGUGUCUGUGUGGGGAUCCAUCCUCAUUUACUUCCUCUUCCUGUUUGUGUAUUGUGUGAUUUGGCCUGGCAUGGGCUAUGACAUUGCUCAGCCUGUGUACAUGAUCGAACUGAAGAUGUACGGCAGCGCUGUGUUCUGGUUCACCAUUCUCAUCGCCCCUCUGAUGGCCAACUCGAGAGACUAUAUCUGGAAAGCUUUCCACCGUUUCUACAAUCCUGAAGACUAUCACAUUAUCCAGGAAAUGGAGAGGCUGCAGAAGGAUCCCAUGCUCAUGAAGAGUGCCUUCUCCUUCAAGAAGGUCAUGCGCAAGAUACAAGGUGUUACGACAUAUGUAUCCAGAGGAUUCGCCUUCUCUCAGGAAGAGAAGCACGGACACGCUCAGGCUGUUCCCACUGUCACCCGGCAACAGUCACAGGAUGGGCAUGUGGCCGCCACACAGACUGUUGGACAGGCCGAGCUCAUCCGUCAAUACGACACGCGCGAGGACAAGCCCGAUGGCAUCUAAGUUUUUUGAAAUACGUUAUGGCCUGGAAUACGUAUUUCCCAUGUGAUACAUAUCCGCCUCUCCAACCGAACUGCGUACCUACACUCCCAUCCAGGGGAAUAUCUGUGGAUUAGUUGAUCUAGUCAUGAAUAUGUGUGGAUUAGAUGAACUGAUCACAUCACUAUAGUUAUGUAUUAGCUGAAACAAUCAUUUGUAUAUCGAUUUAUGUUAUUCCUUUAUAAUAAAUUUUGAAUGACUCUGAAUUGUGGCUGGG